CUUGAAAAAAAAUCGAAAUGGAAGUUUAAUAGUAUAUGAAUUGGCAACAUUGGAAAUUCUCUACAUUUGUGCAACUCUGUUGAUGAUUGACCUUAUAGGAUUGUUGUGCGUGGUAUUUGAGAUAUGUUUACAAAAUAUUGCAUUCUUCCGCUGGAGAACAUUUAGGCAUGAAAUAGACACACGAAAUGUAAAUAUGUGAAUGUUAGUCAUAGAUGCAUUUCAAAUUGUUCAACAUGUGUAUUUUGUAGAGACUUCAUUGAAAUGUUGAAAAAAAUUGAUCAAUGACAUUAAAACGUUCAAAAGGGAAUAUAUUUUGGAAUUCAAAGUGACAUAGUUUAACCUAGAAAAUAUAACUGCCAACACUGUCAGUUAAAUACUUUUAUAUAUUUAUGAGACAAAUUUUCAAAGUUAUAGUUUUCAGAAACGUUUGUUGCUCGAAGUUAGAAAUAUUAAUUUAUACGGAUGUGUAAUCCCUUCGGACGUAUUGGACUUGAAAUGCGGAGAUGUACUUGAUUUAUGUUACCAACUCUUGAUUUACAUCCGAUCAAUACAAGCUCGACUGGUCAGGAGAAUAUUUUCUUGAUAAACUGAUACUUCAGUGCGAAGGAAAUCACGUUAGCUGUAUACAGUAUCAAUCCAAGAAUAAUUGGCUACUGGAACAUUAAAAUAAAACAUCAUUUUAACAAUAUUUUAAGACUUCAGUGCGAAGGAAAUCACGUUAGCUGUAUACAGUAUCAAUCCAAGAAUAAUUGGCUACUGGAACAUUAAAAUAAAACAUCAUUUUAACAAUAUUUUAAGAACAACCAGUCAUGUAUGUGAUAGCAACAAUGAUGAAUUGUAGAACUGGAGAAUUUACGAAAGAAGAAUCAUUCGACUGUUGACGUUUAGCAAGUUUCAAAAAGUUAUGGAAAAUAUAACCCUAUAUCCAGUUACAGCUUCAGCAGUUGAUGGAAACUGGAGUGGAAGUAGAGAAGUGCCUAAAAAUAACUCUAUUACUGUAGCUUUAUUUAAUGUGACCGCAAUAUAUGGCGAUUUCAACUAUAGUACACUUGCCUAUAAUACAAACGUUGUCACAAACGGAUCAACAAUAAAUUAUUCAUCUGCGAGCAGUGACGGAUUUUCACAUAUUCCAAAGUAUGGUACGCCGGUUAUGGUGAUACUAUGUAUAUUGCUUGCAUUCUUGAUUCUCGCAACGAUAAUGGGAAAUGUGUUCGUCAUAGCGGCUGUAAUACUUGAACGAAGUUUGCAAGGUGUGUCAAACUAUUUAAUUUUGUCCCUAGCGGUAACCGAUUUACUUGUUGCAGUUUGUGUAAUGCCUCUCAGUUUAGUUUACGAAGUAAGUGUGUUUUGGUAUUUAGGCAAUACCAUAUGUGAUUUCUGGAUAUCAGUCGAUGUUUUAUGUUGUACAGCCUCGAUUCUCCAUCUUGUCGCCAUCUCAUUAGACAGAUUUUGGGGAGUUUCAAACAUAGAUUACAUUCGAAGACGUUGUGCUAAGCAAAUCCUUAAGAUGAUAGCCGUUGUUUGGCUUGUUGCUGUUGGCAUAUCAAUACCUCCAUUGUUUGGUUGGAAAGAGGAACAGAAUAAUCCUGAAAAAUACGGUAUAUGCAUGAUCAGUCAGAACUUAGUUUAUACUGUAUUUUCAACCAUCGGGGCUUUUUAUUGCCCACUGGUUCUUAUGGUAUUUUUGAAUUUCAAAAUUUAUAUAGUUGCUCGGACUAGAAUUAGGAAGAAAAAUUUUGGCGGAAGAAACAAACCUAUUCCGAGCAAUGUGACAUGCGCAGAUAUGAAAACUUUAAACAGAACAUCGUCGUGUAGCGACGAUGAUGGAUAUACUAUGUGUAAUGGCUCGAUGGCUGUUACGACGGCAUUAAAUGAAGAAAUGCAAAUGUCCGAAUGCGAAGCUCAAACUCCGCCUGUAAACAAUGGAGGGUACCUGACAGUACCAAAUAUCAGACCUAUAUAUACAAAAAGAACGAACGGGCAUAUGGAACAUACCGACAUAAGCUGCGCAACCCAAAUCACGGACGUACCAAAUUCCAAUGAUAUAAACACAACACAUCAAAAUACUGCAAAACACACGGAGAACAAUAAUCAUAAGCAUGAUUUAUUGAAACUUAAAAAGAAGAGACGAGAGGCUGACCGUAAACGGAAAGACAAAAUGGAAAUGAAACGAGAAAGAAAAGCAGCGAAAGUGUUAGGAAUUAUUACUGGUGCUUUCAUUGCGUGUUGGCUCCCGUUCUUCGUGUUGGCGGUGUUAGCACCAUUUUGUGCAGAACAUUGUAAUAUACCUGACUCAUUGUUCAGCUUUUGUUUAUGGCUUGGUUACUUUAAUUCAUCAUUAAAUCCCAUUUUAUAUACAAUAUUCAAUCCAUCGUUUCGCAAAGCCUUUCACAAAAUCAUCUAUGGUAAAUACAGAAUUAGAGAAUAAUAAUUGUCUAAGAUACUUUUUGUCUAUUUUUCUAAAGCAUGCAACAUUUUUUGUUAAGAACACGUGUAUCCAUAAUUGCCUUGUAAGAGGUCCAAUUUAUGGUGUAUGUGCCAGAGGUCAUAACAAAAGGUCCGGGGUCAGUCAACAGAUUAAAACAUGUAAAAACACAUUUAAUUUAUAAUUGAAUUUACAUUGUUAUAUUCGAAUACAAUUCGAUGAAAUCAUUUGACUCGCCUGGUAAAAUAACUCAGCAUUUGCACUUUCCUGGCUUGUGCAGCGGUGCCGUAUUAUUUACACAUCUUGAGAAAUAAAAUAUCAUUUUGGACCGGGUGAUACUAGCAAAAACGAUACUUCUAGGUAAUUGCAGACAUGCAGUAAUGCCUCGGCUGAUCGAUUUUUGCCGUGUUUAUUCAUUGCAAUCACAUAAAGAUAACUGGUAAUGCAAAACUGUGAUUGCAUAAAACUAUUUAUAACGAAAUCACAAGAAACUAAAAGUAUCAAAUGAAUUGUUGCAUCUGUUGUGAUGAAUUCCGGUGCAAGGGAUGCCUUUACUGUUAGACUAUUGUUGGUUUUAAACUUGUGUCAAACACUGGUCAUUACAUUAUAAAAUAUACACAUAGCUAAUUUUCAAAUUGGUCACCUCACAUUUACAAAUAUAUUUUAUCAGUCUUUUAAUAAAAGAUAACAGAGAAACUAAACUGUUUCAAUUAGUAUACAGACAGUGAUAAUAUCUUUUUAAAACAUGCAUAGUAUGUUCAUUGCAUAGUACUUAUUAUGAUUAAAAAAUAGAUCGCCAUCAAAGCAAAAUAUCGCAACAUAUUAUAUUAAUUUGAUUCAUACAUUUCUGCUCUUCCUAUACACCGAGUUUAUAUAAGCAAGCAUUGAUGACUUUAGUAGGCCUUUCUGUAUGGAUAAAAUUGGUUCAGCAAACUCUAAUUAAUGAGAAAGCUGAAAAAUACUUUUAAGUGCUUGUUACUUUAGUUUUAGAUGGGGAAUGAGAAC